CCUCAGCGAAGUUACAAUGCAAUCGUAACAACAUGACAAUACAUGUUCCUAACACCCUCCUUCCUGGUAUCAACCGAGUGCAUCUCCGACUCCUGGACACGAAAUGCAAAGCUGAGGAAGACGACAAUUAUUACAGUCUAACAACAUCGCUAACCGGGUGUAAAACUACACGCAAGCACACGACUACAGCUGUCCUUUACUCCAAUAUGGUCUUGAAAGUUCCCACAGUUUCCAAAAAAGCCAUGAUACGUGAAUUGAAAAUAGAGUUCAGCUGUGUUUAUUCCAGUCAUGGUGUGGUGUCAUCGGUUGGUUGGAGAGCAGUCAACAGAAAAGUUAUAAUUAGUGAAGAAGGGGAAGAGAACUUUAGACUCGUUUUGAAUAUGUUUCCUCACAAGAAAUUUGGGAUUCCUUACAAGGAAAAGGAUUUUCCUCUUUUUGUGGCGCAGAAACGUCUUUUCUUGGAGGUAUCGGUGAUAACUGAUAAGCGACUGUCAAUUAUUGCUGAUCAAUGUUAUACCACGCCCACCCGUAAACGAGAAAACGCACCGAGGGUCCACUCCUUCAUGCUAGCGAGAAGAAAGAAGAGAAGAAAAGCAAUAGUGCAUGGGGCCAGUAACGAGAAGAAUGCUUCUGAUACUACCUUCGUAGUAGGUCUGGUAAUGAUAUGUGUUGCUUACUUGGCGGCCAUGGGAACUGGACUGGUAAUCUUUAAGAAGCUACGAGACAAGCGGUCUGCUGCAGAGGUUUUCAGCGGUCAUGAGAAGGAAAGCCUUAACAUUGAUGAUACAGACUGGACUGGACUGAACUGGCCCUGGAGGAAAAUUGAGUUUGAGAAACACAUAAAAUUUCAUUUAGAUGCACAGUUACCUCUCUUUAAAUUUUCUAUGAGAAUUCGGUAUUUUGCAUGA